AUAGCAGAACAUCUGGCAACUCUAUUGUGUUUAUCAGUAUUUGUUUACAUGUUAGGCCGCCGUACUGGAGCUAGCUCUUGGGAAUGGUUAAACGAAACAAAUUGCAAUGGAGGAACACAGAAGUCGCCUUGCAUACACAUUCUAUAUGCUAACACUGUUUCUAUGUGGCGCGGUGCUCUUUUUAAUAGGCUUCUUUCCGGCCUCAUACUCCGUCGCAGAAAACGAGCAGUCUAUACCGAUUGACCGGCCAACAACACUGCAUGGUGAAAAACUGAAUCCACCGCCUCCCAACUACCAGUCGUUUAUACUAUUCUUAAUAGACGCUUUUCGCAAUGAUUUCCCCUCUGAGAACACUAUGCCAGCAGUUUAUGAGAGGGCGUGCCUUAAGCUCUCCCUGCACGUUGACAUACCGACUGUGACAAUGCCACGACUAAAGAGCAUCACAACCGGCACAUUGUCGAAUUUUAUAGACAUUGCGCUCAAUGUAGGUCACACUGAGCAGUUGGACGACUCUUUGCUUCAUCGCCUAAAACGGCGCGAAGCCGUUGUCUCUUUUAUCGGUGAUCACACUUGGGUGCAUCUCUUUCCAAGUGAAUUCACACGUAAAGUAGCCAACAAUGAUUCGUUUUUCGUCAAUGAUUUCUAUGAGGGCGACCAAAGUGUGACAAAUGCUCUGGCGGAGGAGCUGGAGAAAACGGAUUGGAAGCUCCUAAUCUUACACUAUCUAGGCCUGGAUCACAUUGGCCAUGUUGAGGGCAAUGAAAGUCCAAGGAUUAAGAUCAAACUCAAGGAAAUGGAUGAUGCGGUAAAAAAGAUAUUGAAUCAUAAGCAUAUGGAUAACUAUUUGCUGAUGUUGACCGGUGAUCAUGGCAUGGCUGAUGGCGGGGGCCACGGCGGCAAUACGCCCGCUGAAACCUCAGUUCCACUAUAUUUGUAUAGCAAGAACUGUAGCAAAUAUACUUCUAGCACCAAGCGCUACAAUCAAAUUGAUUUGACACCCACGCUGGCGGUCCUGUUAUCUGUUGAAAUACCAACCAUGUCUAUAGGCUGUUUGAUACCAGAGAUGCUGCAAUCAUUAACGCUGGAGGAACAAAUGUACGCCUACUUCUACAAUGCACAUCAUCUGCUGAAUAGGGCACGCGUCAAAUUUGGGCACGACAGAGUCCGGCGUAGUGACUACUAUCAUUGGUAUCAGAAUGCCACGCUGCUGCACAAACAAUUGCUUACGCCGCUGCGGGUCGGAGAUGGCACCGGAGCUAGCAAUGUGCACUACCAAAAUGCGAAGCUUAACUAUUUGCGCGUGGCCCGUGAGAUUUCCGCGCAGCUGUCCGAGUCGCUAGUGAAAUUUGAUUAUGGAUUUAUAGCCGUGGGACUGACACUCACAACAGCCAGCACAUUGCACCUUUUGUUAAGCGUUUUGUUUCUGGAUCUUGCCUCGGAGAAACUACGUUUGCAUAGCUUUAAUGUAGCUCAGCUGCUGCUCUCUCUGGUAAUUGGAACUCUUCUGAAUGUUGCCUGCCAUCUGCUGGAUAUAGUGCUGACUAGCUCCUUGCUAUAUAGUUUACUCUUGCUGUUGCCUAUUGUCGCCUCCAUUUAUCUAAGUAUUGAUGUGAUCCAAGCUCUGAUCAAAAUUGCCUUGCCACCUCUCUACGCGCGACGCUUGAAACUAUCAAUUCCAUUGCCGACCCCUCUGCUGUUAUGCUUCGCUAUACGCAUUUUUACGCUGGGCUCCUCGUCGUUCAUUGAAUUUGAAUACAAAACUUGGUAUUAUCUGGGCAACACACUGCUUCUGCUGACUGCUUUUAAGACACUCCGUCGCCGCAUUACCAAAGCGAAUGUGGAACUGGAUGGACGACAUUUGCACAAAAUUGCCUCGGCAUGCCUUUGGCAGCAGCGCAAGAUCUUUGUGGUGCUGCUGUUGCUCAUGCUGAUGCGAUAUCUACAUAGAUUGUCGGCCAUCAAGAGCACACUGAUGUUAUUUUCCUUAAUUCUGUUUUGGGCACGCCUGCGCAAGUUCACGAACACACCGCAGACCGUAUUCAACGGCAUUGCCUUCCUACUAGUCUACUGUUUCCGUGGCUUGAAUGGUCAAGUGAAGUUCGUGGAGCUGCCUUCGCAUAUGGUAUCUCGCAUCUUAUUGCCCGUGCUGGUGCUAUUCUGGUGCUGCGUAGCUCUCGUAUUCGUGCUUGGCUAUCGAACGGCACUGCCACAACAGAACAGCGGACAGAGCUUGCUGGACGAGCGCCCCAAAAGCAAUCUGCUGAAGCUGCUGCAAACGAAUAUGACCUGUUCGCUGAUCUUAGUCGCACUGCUGUAUAAGGUACAAAAUGUUGUGCUGUUGCCCACGCUGCUCAUCACACUGGACGAGACAUACAAACUAUGCGAUGCUUAUGGCUCCACGGCUCGGAAGUUCUCCGUGCGCGUGGUGCAUGUGUACAAAAUAAUCAUGACCAUUGUGGUGGCCAGGAUGUUUUACUUUUAUCAGGGCAACUCGAAUAGCCUGUCGACAAUUGAUUUAAAUCCCGGCUACAUGGGUCAGACGAGCUAUAAUCCGAGCAUAGUUGCCUUCUUCGUCACGCUGAACACCUACAGUGCCGAAAUACAUUCCUUCCUCUACCUGAUUGUCCACACCCUGCGCGCGGAUCUCCGGAGUGUUGGCAUUAUUCAGCUGCAGCCGCCGUAUGCGAGGGCAGUCGAUACGCUGGUGGUGCCAUUGUAUGCGGCGCUCGUAUUGUUACCAGUUGCUUUUUACCUCUGUCUGAUGUUAGUUUUCCGCUACCAUCUCUUUAUCUAUUCCGUCUUUUCACCCAAAGUGCUGUACGACUGUUAUACUGUAUUGGUAUUCUAUUUGGUAUUCCUAUCAACGAGUUUGUACUUUAAAUUGUUUAAACAUGACGCUUAAUUAAAAUAAUAAUUUAAA